UGACAGUCGAGAAUGCAUUAUGUCAUCCGACAGAGGCGGGUAAAAAUGCCAUUGAGUCUGUACCCCAUCGUCUAAUGUACCUUUUCAUCUUCAAUUAACCCCAGGUGCAUCGAUACACAGGUUAAACACGAGUCAGGUGAGAGUCUCUUUGCGAUUUUGCCGACGAGGGUGGCCUCGGCAACAUUGCCAAUUCAAUUCGCAGACAAUAGUCGAUACGGAGGAUGAUGGACGGACGAUUGGAGCGAGACCGAUGGACCAGAAAUGAAAGUCAUAAAAGGCACAGGGAUAUUACACGCGGAUUGCAAGUGGAAAUAUCGAGGAUUGGCGACACCGGAUAUCUCUUCGUUGACCCAUUCCUCGAACUUGAGAGUCGCUCAGUGAUGGAUAGUCUCAGUGCACUCGCUGAGAUCUUGACUGACUGGUAUCAAAAUGCCUGUGUCGUGACUGGCGCAGCCGUGUCGGACAUUAAAACCCUUUGGAUAAUAACGAGCGGAAGUUAUUUGCAUAAAGGAAAAAUCGUGGGAAAACUUGUGUCAUAUUACCUCAUUGUAUUGGCUAUUUACAUCAUUGAGACGGGUUUGUGGGUGGACAGAAAAAUUAUCGAGCUGCUCAGUGGCGUCGUCCUGGAGGCAAAAGAAAGCAACGAAGCCCUGCUCGCUCUCUCGGUCUUCCUCCUCCUGCUCCUGACCUCCCUCCUCACCACGAUCACUCCAUCGCCGUGCAACGACUGAAGCCCCCCACCGUCCGCCAAAACGUCACGAAUGUUACCCCGGAGGUACCCCAUGAUUCCCAAGAAUCACGCGAACGCAUCUCAAAUCCAUUUGUCCGUUUUUAUUUACCUGAACCCUCCCUUCGUCUAAUCACAAGUGCUCCAUCUUAUACUUCAAUACUUCAAUAAUUUCAUCACAAAUAAAA